AACUUCCGGCCUUCUCUUCCUCUUUGUCUGGCGCGGCGCGGAGCGGUGGACGCCAUUUUGAGCUUCCUUGUCGUCGAGUGAGGUACACGAUCAUCUCGCUGCUAACAUGUCGGACGAAGGAAAGUUGUUUGUCGGCGGUCUUAACCUCGACACAGACGAGCAGGGCCUGGAAGAACAGUUCUCCAAGUACGGGCAGAUCACCGAGGUACGGGUCAUUAAGGACCGAGAGACCUGUGUAUCGCGUGGUUUCGGCUUCAUCACUUUCGAUAACCCGGAGGAUGCCAAAGACGCGCUGCAGGCCAUGAACGGCAAACAGAUAGAUGGCCGCCAAAUCCGAGUGGGCCACGCUGAGAAGAAAUCGGGCAGUCGAGGCGGUUACGGCCGGGGCGGCGGCGGCGGUGGCGGCAGUUACGGCAACCGCAGGAGAGGCUCCGGCGGCGGCUACUGGGACAGCGAGAGGAGCAGCUAUGGCGGCAGCGGUGGCGGCGGCGGCGGCGGCCGGUACGAUCAGCAGGACCGAGACAGCUACUCGGGUGGGUACCGGAGUCAGGGCAGUAGCGGUUACUUCGGAAGUCGCUACCGGGACUAUGAAUCUUCCUUGUCGUCGAGUGAGGUACACGAUCAUCUCGCUGCUAACAUGUCGGACGAAGGAAAGUUGUUUGUCGGCGGUCUUAACUUCGACACAGACGAGCAGGCCCUGGAAGAACAGUUCUCCAAGUACGGGCAGAUCACCGAGGUACGGGUCAUUAAGGACCGAGAGACCUGUAUAUCGCGUGGUUUCGGCUUCAUCACUUUCGAUAACCCGGAGGAUGCCAAAGACGCGCUGCAGGCCAUGAACGGCAAACAUAUAGAUGGCCACCAGAUCCGAGUGGGCCAGGCCGAGAAGAAAUCGGGCGGUCGAGGCGGUUACGGCCGGGGCGGCGGCGGCGGUGGCGGCAGUUACGGCAACCGCAGGAGAGGCUCCGGCGGCGGCUACUGGGACAGCGAGAGGAGCAGCUAUGGCGGCAGCGGUGGCGGCGGCGGCGGCGGCCGGUACGAUCAGCAGGACCGCGACAGCUACUCGGGUGGGUACCGGAGUCAGAACAGUAGCGGUUACUUCGGAGGCGGAGGCGGAAGCGGAGGUCGCUACCGGGACUAUGAAUGA